UUACAGUCUGGUCGUACGUGAUGUACUCUUCCUUAUUAUUUAUUAUUAUGAAUUAAUCCACAUCUUUGUAAGUUUGGCGAAAAAUAUAAAAAAUCACCAAAUAUGAUUUUAACCAAUCAAAUUAAUAUGACAUUGAAGUUAUACAAAUCGAUCGAAUACAUACAUAAAUGUAUAUAAAUGUGUAUGGGCAGAUUUGUUUGUAUAUAUGUCAUUUGAGUGUGUGGGCUGCUAAAGAUUCAUUGAUCGAUAAAGAGAUCAUUUAAAUUUACUUACUUCCCUUGUAUUAUUUAUUUUAUAUAUACACAUAUAUUAGAUCUCAAAUUCUCCCACUUGAAACUGACACAUUCAUCAUUUGAAAUGUAUGCAAAAAAGUGUUUUGAGUAUUCUAAAAAAUUAUACAUUAUGUACUUCAUCGUUAACAUUAUUCUGAUGAGUAUUUGUAUAACAUCAUCAGGAGAGUCUAAUGUUUCAUCAUCAGCAUCUACUACUGAUACUGUACCCGUCGUUACUACAACUCAAGAAAAAUCUAUUCCUGAGCUAACUACACUAGCACCAUCCACUACGACGACGACAACAACAACAACAGCCAUCGCUGCUGAUACAACAAAGGCAACUGAAGGUGGUAACCCAAAAGAGAGCAAAACUGUGGCUGAAACAUCAGUCACCUCAGAAGUGAAUCAGACGCCUGAGACAACAGAAGAAACCAAACAAGUGAAAGAUGAAUCAUCCAGUACAAAUAAUCCUGGGAUUUUAUCACCACAUAAAAUCGAUGAAGAGCAACCACCAUCAAAAGUGAUGUUAGGUGAAGAGAAGACAAUAAAUGAAACUCAGCCUGUCAGUUCAAAUAUGGAGUCGAGGAAUGAAGUACAAAGAAAAGUAGCAGAAGAAGAAGGCGGGGACGAAGGAGAAGAAACAGAUAAACAAACAUCCGAUGAGAGUGAUAAUAAGAAGAGUGAAGAAAAAGAAGUUUCAGACAAAUUAGGCGAUAAGCAAACUGCUAGUAAGACAGUAGCUUCAGGUUUAUCAGGCUCAGAUAAUCCUAAAAUAGUCAAAGGUGCAUCUAUUACUAAUAAGGGUAUUUCAACCAUACAACAAAACUAUUCCAUUAUAAAAUUGUUAUUAAGCGUGUUUACAAUGUUGUUAGUUUAUUGAUUAUCCUUAUAUACUGAUACUACUCAUACUGGUGGUGGUACUGGUGCCACAACAUUCUUAUUAUUAUUACUGCUGCCACAACUACUAUUACUACUAUUACUGCUACUAUGAAUACUACUCACAAAAAUCACAACAAAAUUCCGUUGACUGUUGACAUUCAUAAAAUUCAUAAAUAUAUACAUACAUAUAUACCACUUUCUUGUAAUUAAAAUAUAUACCAUUAUAUUAUAUUAUACAUUUAAGUUCUCUGUCAAUUAUAUUCAUGUGUUAUGGGUUAUAUUAAUACUAUUAUUAUUAUUAUUACUUUUAUUACUGUUAUUAUCAUCCCGAUUAUCAAACACUUCCAUCAACCAUCCUUAUUAUUCUGUUGAACAAUUUGUAAACUUUAUUAAUCAAAAUACAUUUAAAAUUGAAAAAAUAAACCCUAUGCUAUAUUCAUUCACUCGUUGAUUUAUUCAGCCAUAAAGUUGUUUUUUUGUGUGUUUGUGUUAUCCAACGUUUCUCGCCUACCUUUUUGGGGUGUGUGUGUGUGGGUG